AUGACGGACUUCAGAAACUGUGCACACAUCGCCAUCAUGUCUGAAAACAGAGAGAGGAAAUCUAAAAUCCCGGCUUCCAGAAAGCUUCUACUGAAGACUCUUAUGCUUCAAAAAGCCAGUGAGGAUCUUGAAAGAGAGGCAAAAGAUAUAGAAGAGGAGAAACUCCGAACCCUUUCAGAGAAGAUUCCACCCUUGCAGUCUGCUGGGCUGAGUCAACAGCAGUUACUGGAGUUGUGCCACAAACUACAUAAACAGAUCGAUGCUGUAGAUGAAGAACGCUAUGACAUUGAAGUAAAAGUAAAAAAGAAUUCUCAAGAUAUUAAUGGUUUGAACCAAAAGAUUUUUGAUCUCAAGGGAAAAUUCAAGCGCCCCAACCUGCGCAGAGUGCGUAUCUCGGCCGACGCCAUGCUUAAGGCCCUCCUUGGUUCCACAACUAAGGUUUCUCUAGACCUGAGGGCUAACUUGAAGUCAGUAAGGAAGGAGGAUGAGAAGGAGAAAACUGUUGAAGUUGACUGGCGUAAAAACAUUGAAGCAAUGUCCGGGAUGGAGGGCAGAAAGAAGAAGUUUGACACCAGUAAUGUAUAGCCAUGAAAAGAAGAAAAUGAAGACUUUGAAGAUUUGCAACA